AUGGGUAAAGAAGAUAAAAAGAGAAAGCUCGACGAUGUCGACGCAGUAGAGAAGAGAUCUAAGAAGGACAAGAAGGACAAGAAGGACAAGAAGGACAAGAAGGACAAGAAGGACAAGAAGGACAAGAAGGACAAGAAGGACAAGAAGGACAAGAAGGAAGAAAAGGAAGAAAAGGAAGAAAAGAAGGAGAAGAAGGACAAGAAGGAAAAGAAGGAAAAGAAGGAGAAAUCUGACAAGAAGGAGAAGAAGGAAAAGUCUGAUAAGCCAGUCAAGGUCGAGAAAGUCGAACAAUCUAACCUCAAAGCUGAACCUUACGUCCAAUCGCAACGUUUAACCGAUGCUCCAGAGUCCGAAGUCAAGGAUUUCUUGACCGCCAACGAAAUCGCCAUUGAAGACCCUCACAACUUGACUAUCAGACCUUUGUUGUCUUUCGACCACGUGAACUUUGUUCCUGAGGUGCAAAAGGCCAUCUCCAAGUUCCCUAAGCCCACGCCUAUUCAGGCUGCCUCGUGGCCAUACUUGCUCAGUCAUAAGGACGUUAUCGGUGUCGCUGAAACCGGUUCCGGAAAAACUUUUGCUUUCGGAGUUCCUGCCGUCAACAGCAUCUUGAAGGAAAACAAGAAAGGCUUGAAGGUGCUCUGUCUUUCGCCUACUCGUGAGUUGGCGUUGCAGAUCUACGACAACUUGGAGGAAUUGACUAAGAACACGCCUAUCUCCAGUGUGGCCAUCUACGGAGGAGUCAGCAAAAUCGACCAGAUCGAGAAGUUGAAGACUGCCAGCAUUGCUGUGGCUACCCCUGGUCGUUUGGUCGACUUGUUGGAAGACGGCUUAGUUGAUUUGUCUACUGUGGACUACCUUGUUCUUGACGAAGCAGACAGAAUGUUGGACAAGGGAUUUGAGGAGCACAUCAAGCAAAUUAUUGGCCACACCCCCAACAAGACAGACAGACAGACUUUGAUGUUCACAGCCACCUGGCCCAAGGAGGUCAGAGACCUUGCAUCUGUAUUCAUGUGCAGCCCAGUCAAAGUCACCAUUGGAGAGCGUGAUGAGCUUGCCGCUAACAAGAGAAUUACCCAGAUUGUGGAGGUGAUUGACCCACGUGAAAAGGAGAAGAAGUUGUUGCAAUUACUCAGAAAGUACCAAUCUGGAGCUCAUAAGAACGAUAAGGUGCUCAUUUUUGCAUUGUACAAGAAGGAAGCACUGAGGGUCGAGGGACUCUUGCAAAGAAACGGAUACUCUGUGGCUGCCAUCCAUGGAGACUUGUCUCAACAACAGAGAACCCAUGCCUUGUCGCAGUUCAAGCUGGGUGAAUGUAACUUGAUGUUGGCAACUGAUGUUGCUGCCAGAGGUCUUGACAUUCCUAACGUGAGGGUCGUCAUCAACUUGACUUUCCCAUUGACUGCUGAGGAUUACGUUCACAGAAUUGGAAGAACCGGAAGAGCUGGACAAACAGGAACUGCCCACACUCUUUUCACCGAGCAUGAGAAGCAUCUUAGUGGAGCAUUGAUGAACAUUUUGCGUGGAGCCAAUCAGCCAGUUCCUGAUGAGUUGCUCAAGUUUGGUGGACACACCAAGAAGAAGACGCAUUCUGCGUACGGAGCAUUUUUCAAGGAUGUUGACAUGGGCAAGACUGCUAAGAAGAUUAAGUUUGAUGAUUAG